AUGCUACCCUUAUACCUUUUGACAAAUGCAAAGGGACAACAGAUGCAAAUAGAGUUGAAAAACGGUGAAAUCAUAGAAGGGACAUUGACGAAUGUAGAUAACUGGAUGAAUUUGACUCUAUCUAAUGUAACCGAAUAUAGUGAAGAAAGUACAAUCAAUUCCGACGGCAAUGCUGAUAGCAGCAAGGCUGUAAGAUUGAAUGAAAUUUAUGUCAGAGGGACCUUCAUCAAAUUUAUCAAAUUGCAGGAUAAUAUAAUCGAUAAAGUGAAGCAGCAAAUUAAUUCUAACAACAACUCUAACAGUAAUGGGCCUGGCCAUAAAAGGUAUUACAACAAUAGAGAUUCAAAUAACAAUAGAGGCAAUUAUAACAGAAGAAGUAAUAAUAACAACAACAGUAACCGCCGUCCAUACUCUCAGAAUCGCCAGUACAACAAUAGCAACAGUAACAAUAAUAAUAACAACAAUAGUAUUAACAGCCAGAAUAUGAAUAAUGGCUUGGGUGGUUCCGUUCAACACCACUUUAACAGUUCUUCUCCACAAAAAGUCGAAUUUUAA